AUGGUGAAGGGUGAAGGCUGUCUGCGCAUAGACGUCAGGUAUCACUGCAGACGUCAGGUAUCACUGCAGACGUCAGGUAUCACUGCAGACGUCAGGUAUCACUGCAGACGUCAGGUAUCACUGCAGACGUCAGGUAUCACUGCAGACGUCAGGUAUCACUGCAGACGUCAGGUAUCACUGCAGACGUCAGGUAUCACUGCAGACGUCAGCCUUCACUGCAGACGUCAGGUAUCACUGCAGACGUCAGCCUUCACUGCAGACGUCAGCCUUCACUGCAGACGUCAGCCUUCACUGCAGACGUCAGCCUUCACUGCAGACGUCAGCCUUCACUGCAGACGUCAGCCAUUACUGCAGACGUCAGGUAUCACUGCAGACGUCAGCCUUCACUGCAGACGUCAGCCUUCACUGCAGACGUCAGCCUUCACUGCAGACGUCAGCCUUCACUGCAGACGUCAGGUAUCACUGCAGACGUCAGGUAUCACUGCAGACGUCAGGUAUCACUGCAGACGUCAGGUAUCACUGCAGACGUCAGCCUUCACUGCAGACGUCAGGUAUCACUGCAGACGUCAGCCUUCGCUGCAGACGUCAGCCUUCACUGCAGACGUCAGCCAUCACUGCAGACGUCAGGUAUCACUGCAGACGUCAGGUAUCACUGCAGACGUCAGGUAUCACUGCAGACGUCAGCCUUCGCUGCAGACGUCAGCCUUCACUGCAGACGUCAGCCAUCACUGCAGACGUCAGGUAUCACUGCAGACGUCAGCCUUCGCUGCAGACGUCAGCCUUCGCUGCAGACGUCAGCCUUCGCUGCAGACGUCAGCCUUCGCUGCAGACGUCAGGUAUCACUGCAGACGUCAGCCUUCGCUGCAGACGUCAGCCUUCGCUGCAGACGCCAGCCUUCACUGCAGACGCCAGCCUUCACUGCAGACGUCAGCCAUCACUGCAGACGUCAGGUAUCGCUGCAGACGUCAGCCUUCGCUGCAGACGUCAGGUAUCGCUGCAGACGUCAGCCACGACUCCGUGAAGCUGAUCAAGUUCGCGGACGACACCACCCUCAUUGGACUCAUCUCCAACAACGAUGAGUCCGCCUACAGGAGGGAGGUGGACCGGCUGGUGUCCUGGUGCAGUGGUAACAACCUGGAGCUGAACGCCCAGAAGACAGUGGAGAUGAUUGUGGACUUCAGGAAGAGCACUGUCCCCCCGCCCCCACCCUCCGUGAUGGACUCCCCCAUCACCUCUGUGGAGUCCUUCCGUUUCCUGGGCACCACCAUCACCCAGGACCUCAAGUGGGAGCCGACCAUCAGCUCCCUCAUCAAGAAGGCCCAGCAGAGGAUGUACUUCCUGCGGCAGCUCAGGAAAGCCAAGCUGCCUGCACAGAUGUUGGUGCAGUUCUACACGGCCAUCAUCGAGUCCAUCCUCACCUCCUCCAUCACCGUGUGGUUCGCUGGAGCCACAGUCAGGGACAAACAGAGACUACAGCGCAUUGUGCGCUCUGCAGAGGAAGUGAUCGGCCGCAGCCUUCCAUCGCUGCAGGACCUCCACGACUCCGUGAAGCUGAUCAAGUUCGCGGACGACACCACCCUCAUUGGACUCAUCUCCAACAACGAUGAGUCCGCCUACAGGAGGGAGGUGGACCGGCUGGUGUCCUGGUGCAGUGGUAACAACCUGGAGCUGAACGCCCAGAAGACAGUGGAGAUGAUUGUGGACUUCAGGAAGAGCACUGUCCCCCCGCCCCCACCCUCCGUGAUGGACUCCCCCAUCACCUCUGUGGAGUCCUUCCGUUUCCUGGGCACCACCAUCACCCAGGACCUCAAGUGGGAGCCGACCAUCAGCUCCCUCAUCAAGAAGGCCCAGCAGAGGAUGUACUUCCUGCGGCAGCUCAGGAAAGCCAAGCUGCCUGCACAGAUGUUGGUGCAGUUCUACACGGCCAUCAUCGAGUCCAUCCUCACCUCCUCCAUCACCGUGUGGUUCGCUGGAGCCACAGUCAGGGACAAACAGAGACUACAGCGCAUUGUGCGCUCUGCAGAGGAAGUGAUCGGCCGCAGCCUUCCAUCGCUGCAGGACCUCGAGACCCCGAGGUCCGGAGUGGAUCUGCAGAGGUGCUCGGGAGCUCGGAUUGCCUACGUCUUCCCCGUACAGUAG